UAUCGAGCAUGCGAAGAGAGAGAUUAUAUGCCCUGAUACCGCGCUGGUAUGUGAGAGUGGUGUUAUUACAGUGAAUGGCAAGGAAAUUAGUGCAUCAUUACUGUCCCUCGGGAAACAGAUAGUGCAUGGCUAGUGGUGGGAGGCGAAGUGGAUUACCAGGCGCUGAGGGGAAAGCUAGUGAGGAAGGGCCUCGUCUGAAAAGGGAUUUCGAUGCAAGAGAAGAGAGGAAGGAAAGAUAGGCAGCACUUCCCUUCUUCACUUGACGAAUCUUGAUGGACUUCACGUGUAGGAGACGCCGCCAGAGAUGACGAUGCCCGGGGAGGAGCCUGAGCAGGAGGGAGUGUUGGCGUCCUUGGAGGAAGCUGCCGCGAUGGAGGAAACAGAGACCCUUGUAGGCCACAGCAGCCUGGACGAGGAAGAGGAGGAGGAGGAAGAGAAACGGGAGGAUGAGCGGCAGAGGCGGCGGCGGCAACAGCAGCAGCAGCAGCAGCAGCAGCAGCAGCAGCAGGCGGCAGCGUCAGGGAUGGAGCAGCUCACGUACAGCAGGAUGACGCACCUGCUGGCUGUCUACCAGAACAAGGUGCAGGAGGGUCGCCGGGUGAUCGCCAGUCUGAGGCGGCAGAAGGAUACACAGCUGCAGGCUGUGAUCAGCCAGCUGCUGCUCCUGGAGGCGCGGCUGCGGCGGGAGCAGAAGGGCAUCGUGGGUCAGCUGGCGCAGCGCGAUCAUGUCAUCGCAGCACAGCGCCAGGAGAUCGACCGUCUGCGGCGCGACAACCGGCGCCUCAUCAAUAGACUCAAGAAGGUGAGCGAGGCGUGUGAGACAGAGUGCCGCGAGCCGCGCCUCAAGGUGAGCCGCGUCGAGGCGGAGGAAGGGGCCAUGCCUGGAUCCGCGGGGCACGCCACCCCCGCCUCAUCCUCUCCCCCGGGACGCAGGUCGUCGCCCGGCGUGAUCCGCGUGGCCACCAGCGUCUCGGAACUCAUCAGCAGUGGCGGCGGCAAGGAGCAGCGGCCCCCCGGCAAGUCACCGCCCUGCGUGUACCAGGUGAGCGGGCGGGGCGGCAGCGGGGGUGGAGGGCAGCGACCUCCUCCCCCAGUGAACCCCAACGUGGCGCUGGUCCGGGCAACCACCGACCGAGUGUUCCACAAGCCACCCAUCGCUGAGAAGCCCCGCACGGCGGUGGGGCGGCCGGGGCGGGGGCAGGCGCCAUCCCAGCGCGCCCAGCACAUCGUCAGGAGCCAUAACGGCAAGUGUACCAUCGUGUCCACCAUCAGCCGCCUGCUGGAGGAGGAGUCUGACGCCACCACCACCGGCAGCAGCGAGCCCUCCUCCCCCGAGGCCACCCUCAAGCCCCCCACGCCGAGGGUCAUCCGCCUCGCUCGCCGCUUUGAGGAGAGUCUAGCCCCCCACCAGCAGCCCGCCGCAACCCAAGCCGGCCCCACCGAGUCCCCGGACCCUACUUGCCGCGACGACCGCUCCUCCAAGUCGUACAUCAUGGACGAGUACGAGGUGACGAGUGGGUACAACAGUGACGCAGUGAGUGACCACGAGUAUGAAAACAUCCAGGUGGUCAGCUGCAGGGAGUCUGAGGUGGGCAAGCUGCAGCAGAACUCACACAGCAUGUCGGGAGCAAAGGACGAAAGUGUACACGAGGCUGCAGAUGGGAACAAGGCUGAGUGUGAGGAGCAGCAGGAAGAGGAGGAGGAGGAGGACAACUAUGUGAUUCUGAGAGCUGUGACUGAGAACCCAGACUCUGGCCACUGGGUGGACAUUCCUGAUGACCAACACAUUUACUCCAAUGUUGAGUUUUCCUCGGGACUCUUGAUCAAGGAGAUAGAGGAGGAGGAAGAAGAGGCAGUGAUGGGAGGGAGGGAGAAGGAGAGCCAGGGAAGCCCUGAGGAAGCUAGGAACACCCGCCGGAACCUUCGUAACCGCUGUGAGGGUGAAGUGGGGCAGGGUGUCCUGGAAACCAACCUGGAUGGCUCCCCAAGUGCCCCAGCAUCUGAUGGGCAUCACUCUUCGCAUGUUGAGAACCUUCGAGCUGUCAAGAGUGUCAAUGUGCCGCGUUCCCGACACAAUAUCAACCUCAUCAUGGAGUCAGAUGGGGACCACAUGACCGAGAACUUUGAGGAGUUUACCCUGGACUCCCUGGAGCUGGAGGAGGAGCGGGAGAGGGAGGAGGAGGCAGCAGAUAGAGGGAGAGGGAAGGAGAAUUUACCUGUCCAUGAGCUACGGAGGUGUGGGGACGGAGCUGAAACAAAGGAUGGCAGAAGCAAGGAGGAGGUGCAGCGGGAAGCUGUUGAGAGUCUGGGCGUUGCCUCGCCCAGUAACUAUGCCAGUGGACAGUAUGAGAAGUUCCUGGAAGCAACUGGACUCAGCCAGAAGUCCAUCCUAACUCCCACACGCAUGUUUUCAAACCACCGAUCCGUGCUAAAGCCAAGGGACAUCAAGCACCGCAACAAGCUCCGUGCAGCCUUCACCACACUGUCCACCCUGGAGGAGGCGCCGGGGCCCACAGGAGGCAGUCGCUACUGGACGGAGCCUUACCUCUAACACCUACCUCAGGCCUGCCGUUGGUGGGCUGUGCUUCCAUGAGCCUUACCUGUGUGCUGAAUGAUAAUUUUCCCAUUGACCGUGAUUGGAAAAUUUGGCUUAGUGAUGUCUAGUAUAAGGCUCAUUGUAGCUUAGCACGUAGCUCCAUAGAUUUGUUUUGUUCUCUCCACUAUUGAUUUAACAUCCACAACUUUACCUUGAUUCAGUAUUUCUAGAGUUACGCUGUUUUGAUUCUCUCAUUCUGCUACAUUCCACAUUUGUUCCUGUUUGUUUUCUCCUGGAAGGUUUGUCAUGUUUUGUGGUGUUGUGGCAGUGGCUUCAUUGCCUCACUGUGCGCCACUGAUGCGGCUUAGACCAGAAAAUUGCAUACCAGUCAUUCACUCCAUUCAUGGUGAGUGGAUGGCUGACUAGCUGAGAAGGAGAAUGAACUCAACUAACUAUCAUGUGUCUUUUUUUUCAACUGUUUUAUAUUUAUGGUAUGAGGUGUUACUUUAUUUAUUAUUUAUCUCCAGUGGCCAGCGGUGGUUGACUGAGUUGAUGUGAGUUCACUGGUGUGGUGUAUGGGUUGAUUUGGACUUGAUCCAAGUUAACUGGUAUGUUUUACAAGUUAGCUUUGAUUUGAGGCAAGUUGACUGGUUGGUUUGGUUUGUGGGUUGACUUGACUGGAGGCAAGUUAACUGAUGUGUUUUAUGCGCUAACUUGAUUUAGCAUGAGUUAACUGAUAUAUUUUGCAGGUUAACUCUGACAUAAGGAGAGUUAACUGGUACAUUUUGGGAUCCUAGUUUAAUGCAUUACUGUUCCAUUAAUGCCUUUCUCCACUUAGCAAAUCUAUAAUUCAUAUUUUAAAUAUUCUUUAUGUAUGUGUGUGUAUAACGAGUGGAGUGUGGUGGGGAAAGAAAACAGAAUGAAACAGAAGCACUUUAUUACUGUAACAUUUCAGCUGUUGUCUUCACACUCUCAAGAAGACAAGAGUUAAAACAUUACAAUAAUGAAGUACAUCUACUUUAUUCUGUACUUCUCACCACCAUGUUCCUCUUACUUAUGCCUGUAUGCUCUUAAUGGAUAAUACUGUAAAAAGUUGCAGUUUGGUAUUGGUAUUUUUCAGAAUCUUAAUACACACUCCACUCUUGGUAUGUUCUUGAAUAGCUCUUGUUAGAAAGGAUGUCAGAUUUCAGCGACUUCAGCAACUUUCAUUCACCAGACACUAUGAUAAUUACUCUUUCCUUUAACUGUACAUUUCUCUUUAAGACUGAUUGCUUUUGAAAUCUGUGACACAACUUUUGCCUAUGAUUGUAAAUGUGCCACUGCAGUUUGUUUAUUCCCAGCUAUACUUGAGGUCUUCUUGCAAACUCUGAAUCUUUAGUAGUGAGUUCACUGUUUGAAUUUUAAUGGCUUUACUAAUCUGUUUUUAGACAUCAGAAGUUGAAAUUUAUUAGUGAAGUAUUGGUUAUUAACUAGUGAUUUAAACCUUUGAAUUUAACUGAUUUUACUGAUUGGUUUCUUUUGCUUUCUCUUUAUUAUCAUUUAUUUCUGAUUGUUUUCUCACUAUUUGCCAAAUGUUUUCUUAUUUUUUUCUGUUCCUACUGUCUUCUAGUUUUCUUUUUUGUACAUUUUGUUAUUGUUUCUCACUUUAUUCUUAUUGUUUUUUUAUUUUCUUGCUUUUCUAUUUUUUGUUUCUUUUUUCGUAUAAUUUUCUAUUAUGUUUUUGUACUAUUUUCUGGCUUUUUUAAUGAAAUCCAUAGUAGCAAACACUGUAUCUUGAAGCAGUGAGCUGGGAGGGGCAGGGCUUGUAAAAGGACCUCUGGGAAUGUCAGGAAAGAAGCAGACUAGAGGAAGGGAAGGCUGGAUUGGAUUGUCUCUCCUUAUUUCUUGUCAUUCAUUGCUGGUGAAUAUAUUCAUCUUUCCUUCUCAUUUCUUGAUCUUUAUAGUUUAACUCAGUCUAUAUCUUGCACUAUUGACUAAAUACAUUUUUCUCCUCUUUUAUUGUGAAUUAUCUUCUUUUCUUCUUUUUUAUCAUUAUUUAAGUAAUCUCUUUCUCAUCUUUUCAUCUCUUUGUUAUAAAUAGUCUUUUCCUUUAUUCUGAUCCUUGUUAUAAGUAUGUAAUCUCUUUUUCUCCAUCUCACUAAUUCUUAUCCUUGGUUAACUAAGUAUGUUGCUGGGAAUAGUUAUACUAUUUAGUGGGAGGAAAGGAACAGACACAGCUGAAGUAUCAAGCAAUGUUUUCUUGAAAGUUUGACAUGUGUUGAAUUAAAAUGAUGAUUCUUCCUCAAGAUGCCACACGGACUCUGUGAUGUCAUUGCUGCAUAGGAUUCAUAGUCAGAUGUAAUAAGAACUCCUUAAUUUUUAUUAGAAAAAUUAAAUUGGAGACAGCAUUUUGAAAGAUUUUGUUGGCACUGUUGGUGAUAAUAAGUGUCAGUGAUUUAUGUUCCGUUGGCAUUGCAAGAGUUAAAGUUUGUGGAUCUUCUGAGGAUCCAAAGUUGGAAAGUUUUAUUUGUAGUUCUUGGGGAUGAGAAUGGUGUAGUUUUAAAAAGUUUCAUCAACAGUUUAGGUGAUGACAAUUGUUAAUGAUGAAGUUUUGAAGUUUUGUUGGUAGUAUAGGUGUUGAGAAGUGCUGAUCACGUCACGUUGGAAAGUUUUGUCUUUAUGGUUGUUGAGAGGAGUGUGUAUAAGUUCUGAUAGAUAUUAAUAGACAAUUAUAAUUAUGUACUGAGAGGAUUCACAAUUAGGAGAGGGAACAAGAGACUGAGAUAAACCUUUGUUAGUGUUAUACAUCACUCACUGCUCUUUACUUUGAUAAUUUAUAUGCUCUCCUCAGUCUUUCAUGAUUUGAUAACUUAUAUGCUCUUCACAAUCUUUCAUGGCUGUGGAUGAUUAAGCAAGAUACAGAAUCUCCCAAAGGUUCCCUCUCUCAUGAAAACAUCUUUGUGGUUUGCUAAGAUGGAGAUUGGCCAGGAAAUAACAGAUGAGGUACAGUAAUGCUAACAGGAUGAUUUUUCAGUUCUCAUAUCAUUCAGAACCAAAAAGUAUCCCCAAAGAAUGUAUUUAGUGUUCUUACAGUAGGAUGAAAUAUAGAUGCCCUCCACUUCAGCCUUCAAGAGUGUCAUCCAUCUGACAUUCUGUUGGGUAUCAACUGGAACAUCAGUAUUUGGCACACAAUAUUAUAGACAAUUUUACAGAGUAAGAAUAUAAUCACAGACAGGAAAAAUUUGAAUUACUCUAUCAUUUCUUUUGCUUUCAAUGGUGUCUUUUGAAGUUGUAUUGUAAACUUGAUCCAGACCAAAUUUAUUAAGAAUAAUAGCUCUAAAUAAUUAUAUUGAACAGUAAUAAACCCACAGAUACUAGAAGAUUUAAACUAUAAUAAUUUUUUGCUUUCAGUGGUGUCUUUCCAAAUUAUCUUAAAAAUUUACACAGCAAUGUUUUGUAAAGCUAAAGAGAUGUCAUGCAAAGGUUAGCUCUAAAGGCAUGAGUGGAAACAUCUGUAGGUGAAUAUUUCAUGGUGGAAGAUGACAUGUUAUGGAAAGAUGAAUGAGGAAUGUACUGUGUUGUCUAUUGUUUGUAUUGAUGAGAUUGUAUUCUCAAACAUUUCAUCUUACCUUGACUACUGUCAACAGGCUCUUGUGGUAGUUACUGGUGUUCUCAAGGAUGUUUUCAUGAUUCUUGUAAUAGUUUAACCAAGAUUCUGCAUCAUUUAUAAGAAAAACACACACGAGAACCCAACCAAUUAUCACUGUGGCCUUUGUAAAAUAGUCAUUAUGAGAGAGUGAAUGUUUCAAAAUAUGGGCUCUGGAUUCCAUGAGGUGAAGGAUUCAGUGUGUUUGUAUUCAUUGCUGGACUUCACAACACACACUGGAGGAUGAAAGAAGUGGGGAAGAUAAGGUCAGGACCACCAUCACCACAGAAAGAGAAAUCUUGAAGAGCUGCAGCUUGAAUAAGAACAACAAAAGCCAAGAAUGAAAGACUGUACUUGCUAUUUUUGCUGAUUAUCUAUGAUCCUGACACACUUAAAAAGACUAUUUUACAUAUUUCUUAAUAUUUUGUAUGUUCUAAAUUUUUUCAUUUUUUUUAUGUAAAGUUGCUAAAUUUAUAUUUCUUAAAAGUCUGUUUGGAUUUUUUUAUGUGCUGUGAAAUUAUAGAUAAAAAUUCUCCAGCACAGGUUACUUAUUUUUUUUUAGGAGCACCAAUGUGAUAUUUGAUGCCACACUGCCAAUAAUUUUUCUGUUAUAAUCUCUCAGUCCUCCAUAAUUUGACAAGUACAUAGGAGACACAUUGUAUAAGAACAGAUUGUGUCCUGUCAGUUGAGUUACAAAGGAAAUGUGUGAUGCAAGAACUGAAUUGUACUGUACCAUAUUGCUUUAUUAAUUAAUUUGGUUUAUAUUUAGCUUUAUUUAUCAUUUUGUUACUUAAAGUUUUUGAGGCUUUCUAUGUUGAGGCUAUAAAUUAAUUCUAUAAAGAUUGAUGCAUGAAUUGAAAUAUGUUGCAUAUAUUAAUAGGGUUUACAUUUAACUUUAUAUAUUUUGCUUUUACAUGGAUUUUGAGGUUAUAGAAUAAUUGUAAAAAGUUCCUGCUACCUAUCAUCUAAAAAGGUAAGAUUAAAAAAAGAUUUAUCAUUAAAGAUGAACAGAGAGACUUAAUGCUAAUAGGAAAAAAAAUUGUUGAAAAAUUUCACUGAUUACAAGUUUUAGAAGGAAAUACAAAAUGAAAAGAAAAGGGAUUGACAGAAUCUAACAUAAGUAAGCUCAGAAGGGAACCAAAAGUUUUCUGAGAUUUCCCCAAACAUUGGCCAAUACCUUCCCUUGGCCCAGACAGUCAAGCGUGUUGUUGCUAGAGUCUGCUUCCUUCCUCCACCUGGGUUGUGGAGGUGGUCAAGGAGAGCUGCUCUAGUCACUGCAGGAACAUGUCUCUGUUGUGUAUAUUCAUGUGUGUGAACGUUAUACUAACACUGACCUAUGUUACACUUCCUUCCACACUUCUGGUGGUGAUUACACUUGUCAGCUGGCCAGGGAUAACAGUGCUUGGCAGUGUUUGGGGAGAUGCUCCAGGGAAUAUUAUAAUAAGUAAAGUUUGAUGAUUGAAUAAAAAGUAAAUUAUCAUCGUGAAUUUCUAGAUGAAUAUUAAAAUGUUUGAUGAAUGGUGGAAACUUGAACAAUAUUUGAAAAGGCUGCUUAUACAAAUAUUAUGAUGAUUUGAUGAGUAACUAAGAAUAAAUUAUAAAUGUGAGUUACACAAUGAAUGCCAAAUCAUUUGGAAUAUAUAAAAUGGUCAAUAACAAAAUUGGUCAUGUUCAUACCACUAUGAUCUGAUGUUAUUUGCUUAGGAUUUGAUGUGUUCUCAAAAUGUGUCAAUAUUUGAGAUAAUGGUAGGAAUUAAAGAAGUGUUGGACCUGUUAUGACAAUGCAUGAUUUUGUUUUCUAAUAUAGUUUUUGCCUAUGAACUUGUGUGCAUAAAAAAAUCAAGAAAACUUUAGGGACAAUUUUUUCAUCUUCAUAACUAAUGAAGUAAAUUUAAUUAUUAAUUUUCUUUCUUGUUUAUGUGCUUCAAGAAGUUAGAAAAUGAAAGAAAAUGUCAUUCAUAUUUUGGAUUCAUGACAGUGUGAUAGCAUCAGCUGCAGGAAGACAGACUAAUAUUCAUAGUGUGUGUGUGUGUGUGUGUGUGUCAGGUAAUUGCUGUGGUGGUGUGGUAUCCUGACUGACCAAGUGAUCUUGUUGUGUCUCCUUGGUAUUGUUGAAGUUUCUGGUCAGUGUUGUGCUAAUCUGGAGAACAGAAAAUUUAGUGUUAAUCUUUCCAUCUAGUCAGGCCAUAACCUUAGUAGUAACAGGUAUUAGGAGUCAAGUCAUCAUGAGUCCAUCAGGAGCUGCCUUGUGUUAGUUAACUGGGUUUUGCAGUCUCCUUACUUGUGUCCUUUGAGUCUGUCUUAAGUAAAGGAAUGUACAUGUCAGGGUUCAGAUGACCAGGUGUGUAUAUUUUUCACUGAACUGUCUGUUGCCAUGCCUUAUCAAAAGUAACAGAAAACAAAAAAGAUUCAGUGUAAGUCUUCUUUAUGUUACAAUUAUCUAAGGCUGCAGAAACUCUAAAUGAAAAGCUCAUCUAUUCCCCACUCCCUUAAAAGUAAGAAAUGUUCUAAUCCAAUAUUUCUGAGGUGUUUGCUGUCAUACCUUACAUAGGUACUAACAUGGAAAUGGAAAAGUGCAAGGUUAAGAAGCAGAAAAAAAAAUAAUAGAAAGUGUUCCAGUUGUAUUAGUCACUUGAGUUCUACUUGUGUCUUGGUAGUUUCCUUUUAUAGCAGUGAAAAAAAAAAGUCAGGAAGUGCUUGGCAGAUUGUGCUUACCAAAGUUCUGUUAAAGUGAUGUCAGACUCGAAAUUAACAGAAAAAGUAUGAAACAUUGAACAGAAAGGUAUUGCAUAUGGCUUAACAUUUUUCUGUGAAUUUGUCUGAGUUUAAAAGAUUUUGGUGCCUCUGUGAGUUAGGGAGUGAAUAAAUAAGUGACAGAAUUGAAUUAAUAAAUCAAUAAGUAAUUGAGCACUUGAAUUUGAUCUUGGCACAUAAGAGGUCCAUGUGGCACAAGUGAAUGAAUGGGUGAGUGAAUGAGAGGUACAAAUAACACACUUUUACCACCUGUCGUGCAUUGUGGCAUUCAUGUGUGGGCUUCUUGGGGACAUUAGAUUGAGUCCUCACCACUAGUCCACCUUCCAUCCCACCUUCUUCCCUUCCCUUCCACCCUUCUCUUCUUCCUUCCCUACCAGAUAUCCUUCCAAUCCACCAUUACUAUUUUUUUCUUCUCUCAAUUAUUGACACUUUUUCUUGUCUUUUUUCUAUUUUCUUCAUUCCUUUAUACCCUUAUCCUUCCCUUUCCUUUCUUUCUUUAUUAUAUUUUCUUUCCUGAUUUCCCUCUUCAUCUUUUGUCCAUUUCCUUCUCUUCCUGUUCCUCCCAAUCCUAUAAUAUCUUCUGUUUCCUUCAUUUCUGUCAUCAAAUAUCAUCAUCUUCCCUUUCAAAUUUUCCCUUCUUUGCAUCUUCUAGUCCCUUCCUUCCUUCCUUCCUUCCUUCCUUCCUUCCAUCCAUCCAUCCCAUUUUUUAAACCCUCAAUCAAAUUUUCCCUUCAUUUAAUUCUUGUAGACAUCUUUUAGCCCCUCCUUCCUUUCUUCAGUGCUCAACCCUGUGUAGCUGUAGUGUGGUUGUGUUGAGGUGUAGAUUAUUUAUAUAUAUUUAAAAUUAUAUUGGAAGGGCAGGAGGCAGGAGUUUCUUUGCCCUUCCCUUAGUCUCUCAACCUUAACACACUUCCUUCUGUAUCAAACUGUAUAGGUGUAAUCUUGAUAAGUGUAAAUAACUAUAUCUGUAGACAUUCUGCUAAGUAAAUUUAUCAUAUUAUUGUAUGUAACAUUUAAUAAAAUAUAAACAUAUCAAA